AUGAGUGACAAGGCUUCAGGAGAGUUGGCUGUCCCGUUGCUUCACGAGAGCACGGGACAGAACGGCAAACAUGCGAAGAAGAAGAAGGGCAGACGGCGGUCGGUUUUCCAGCACAGCUCGCCGGACGAUGGCUGCGACGGCGGCCCGACCGGCCCGGCUGUGUACGCGAAGGAUUUCGGCAAGCCGGAGGUGUGGGGCAUGCUGCAUGACUCGGACGAGGAUUCAACCAUGGGGCGGCGCGCCUCCGGCGGUGCGGGAGCGUCGUUCAUCGACCACCGGCAGUCCAUGGCGGUGAUGGAUGCGGCGGCGUCAUCGCAGAACGCAGCAUCGGGCUGCAUGAACUCCAUCUGGCGGCGGCCGAGCACGAUGCCGCGGAACAGCACGCCUGGCGCGAUGAGCAUGGAGGGCACUGCGCGACAGGGACGCGAAACAAGCUUCCGCGACCCGUUCGGGGCCCACAGCCAGGACGAUUCGCGGCCGCGGAGGCGCCGGCACUCCUCCAAGGCAUCGCUGCGCGACCCCGAGCGGGCUGCUGGUGGUCAGGACUACGGCUCCCUCUCCACUUUUCCGGACAAGCUGAGCCAGAGCCCUUUAGCGCGCGACAGGCGUGCUGACGUGGUGAUCGACAUGGACAAGCUGAUGGAGCAUGUUAAGAUGAAGCGGGAACAGGAACAGCUGCGCGACCCUUUCUCGUCCGAUGCACACUCGGAUAGGCCCUCGGACGAGUAUAACUCCCAGCCUUCUUCUCGGCGGUCGAGCGAGUCUUCCUCUCUGGACGAUGUUUGUCUUCCCAUAGAUGAGGUGGACGAGGAUGGCUAUAAAGAAUGGCCUGACGUAAGCGUUUUAGAAGAGUUUUCUAAAGAAGAGAUCCAGCGGCUGAAGCGUGAGGCCCUCAGCGACGCUGAGGAUUUUCACUUCCGGUACGAGGACGAGGACGAUGACGACACCGCAGACUCGAUGCAGAAUAACGGAAUCGCUUUUCUACAUCCUAUUAUUACAAACAUCGAUAUGCCGGAAUUGGGUAAUACUCGGGUCAACGAGACGGAACAACUGCGGAAAGGUCGGUUACGUCCUAAGAAACUGACCCCAUGGCAUUUGAAGCGUGGGAGUUUCGAUCUUCCCGGGUUGAAUGCUGCCGGUAAGCCAACCACCCGUGAUUUGUCUGGGCAUGGAAGAGGCGAUCUUCUGGCCGGCAGAAACAUCAAGUACCCGCCCCAUAUCAUUUCAAAUAACCCAGAGACAUUUAGGUUCACCUACUUUCGUGAAGAUCUGGACUCGACGAUACAUUCACCAACUAUUUCCGGUCUGCUACAACCGGGUCAGAGGUUUGAGGAGCUAUUCGUUGGCAGUGUCUACUCUAAUAGUGGCGGCGACCGCGCAGGCUCCAACAACGCCAAUGGGACUGCCGCAGUCUCACAUGCACCCGGCAACAUCAACCCCAAUGUACACGGUGCUCCCAGUAACGCGAAUCUAGCCAACCUUGGUGCACCUGCGAACAAUGAGAACAGCACACAGCACGCUCCGAAUCAUCCCUCGGUGGCUGCGGCGGGAAUGAACGCGGGGACGGGCAGCGGCACUCCCGUUGAGACCCAAGCCUCAACUCCGGUUCAGCCGGCGAGCACCGCGCAGCAAUCCGGCAGCUGGGACAUGCCUGACCCGCAACCGUUUUGGCUGGACGUGCUCAAUCCCACCGAGGAAGAAAUGAAGGUCUUGAGUAAGGCCUUCGGCAUUCAUCCGCUAACUACGGAGGAUAUCUUCCUGGGAGAAGUGCGGGAAAAAGUCGAACUCUUCAGGGACUAUUAUUUGGUUUGUUUUAGGUCUUUUGAUAUUGUCGCAGAGCGGUCAACAAGAAAAAAGAAGCGCCAGCAACAAUUUCAGGAAAAUGCAGGCAGCGGCGCGGAAGAGUCAAGUGCCGAAGAGGACAGCAAGGCUGGGUGGUUUUCUCGGUUCAGGAAGAUGCGCAGGAGGUCUUCUGCGAAAAACGCCGCGGGAAGCAGCACCUCCAGCUACCAAAGGCGCAUCAAAAAAAAGAUAGAGGAAAACGAAAAGUACAAGAAAAAGUCCGGCGACCGGCGGAAGCCAAGGGACGGCGAGUUGGAGCCAUUGAACGUCUACAUCAUUGUCUUCCGCACCGGCGUCCUAACCUUCCACUUUGCGCCCACCCCGCAUCCGAUCAACGUCCGCCGCAGAGCGAGACUGCUAAAAGACUACCUCAAUGUGACCGCUGACUGGAUCGCAUAUGCGCUGAUUGACGAUAUCACGGACGCGUUCGCCCCAAUGAUAGAGCUCAUAGAGGACGAGGUCUACGAUAUCGAGGACGCGAUCCUCAACAUGCACCAUAUCGACGAUUCCUCUGACGACGACAGCGACGCAGAGGAUUGCUCCGACGACGACGGCAGCUUCCCGUUUGACCGCCACUCCCGCAGCACCGCCUUCAGCCGCGGCAGCAAGAGCACCGGCACCUCGCGCUCGUCCUCCAGCACUGAGUCCACCAUAAACGCCAACAUCAUGGGCUGGAAAAAAAAGGGUGACAUGCUCCGGCGCAUCGGCGAGUGCCGCAAACGCGUGAUGAGCGUCAUCCGCCUGCUGGGCUCCAAGGCUGAUGUCAUCAAGGGUUUCGCAAAGCGCUGCAACGAACAGUGGGAGGUCGCGCCGCGCUCGGAAAUCGGCAUGUAUCUGGGCGACAUCCAGGACCACAUCAUCACCAUGGUUGCUUCCCUUAAUCACUACGAGAAACUGCUCAGCCGCUCCCACUCCAACUACCUGGCCCAGAUUAACAUCGACAUGACGAAGGUCAACAACGACAUGAACGACGUUCUCGGUAAGAUAACCAUUCUGGGCGCCAUAGUCAUGCCUAUGAAUAUCAUCACUGGUCUCUGGGGCAUGAACGUCAUCGUGCCUGGCCAGCAGCAGGACUCUUUGACGUGGUUCGUCAGCAUUGCGCUCUCGAUGCUGAUCCUUGCCUACAUUGCUUACACAUACAUGCGCCGGAGGUUUGGGUUUUAG